GAGGGAGGUCCGAGGCAGGAAGGAUUGGGCUGCCAUACAGAUGAAUGGAGUGCUCCAGCAUGGUGGAAGUCAUGGAUCUGUAGCCGAACGGAGGGCGGAAGGUGUUCCAGGCAAAACUGGGGCUGUAGCUGCCUCUUCCUCUUAAGGGGGGACAGUUCUUACCGAAGCCCCAUUUCCGUCUCUUCCAACCUGUUAAUACAGAUGCUCCUCGACUUUUGACGACAGUUGAGCCCAACGUUUCUGUCGCUAAGCGAGACGGAUGCUAAGGAUAUGUGCAGCCGUCGUGACGUCAGACAUGGGUGUUCUGUGAUCAUGAAAAAACCAGAUUGUAAAGGGGUGGAAAGGAAGAAACGACUUGGAAGUGUAGCAGUUUGACAGGAGCACCCAUGUAGAACUGGAAGCAACCGUGCCUUGCAUGAUCACACUGUCAUGCACGUCAGCGCCUAGCGUGAAGCAGGAUGUCUCAACAAGCAAGUAUUGGGGAUCUACUCCCCAUGCUGGAUUCUCCAGUCCUGGCUGCUCUGGAAGAUAUAAUGGCUGUAUUUAGAGACAACCUAGCCACGGACCGUGGGCCCAUGCUGGUGAAUUCUUUGGUGGAUUACUACUUGGAAACCAGCUCCCAUCAAGCAUUGCACAUCCUGACGACUGUUCAAGAGCCACACGACAAGCACCUUCUUGAUAAAAUCAACGAAUACAUGAGCAAACCUGCUACCCGCCUGGCUACUCUUUCGCUACUUGGCCAUGUGAUUAGAUGCCAGCCCUCCUGGAAACAUAAGCUCCCCCAGGCCCCCGUUCUCCUUUCCCUCCUCAAGUGUCUCAAGACUGACACCGACGUCGUGGUCCUCACUACGGGGGUGCUAGUGUUAAUCACCUUGCUACCCAUGAUCCCUCAAUCUGGGAAGCAGUACCUUCACGACUUCUUUGGCAUCUUUGGCCGUCUUUCAUCUUGGUACUUGAAGAACCCAGGCCACGUGGCAGAGAUCUACCUGGUCCACCUCCACGCCAGCGUGUAUGCCCUCUUUCACCGCCUUUAUGGAAUGUACCCAUGCAAUUUCGUCUCCUUUCUGCGCUCCCACUACAGCAUGAAGGAAAACCUGGAGACCUUUGAAGAGGUGGUCAAGCCAAUGAUGGGCCACGUGCGUAUCCAUCCGGAGCUGGUGACCGGUUCCAAGGAUCACGAACUGGACCCUCGGAGGUGGAAGAGGUUAGAAACGCACGACGUUGUGAUUGAAUGUGCCAAAAUCUCCCUGGAUCCGGCAGAAGCCUCCUAUGAAGAGGGCUACUGCUCAACCUCCCUACAAGCCAGCGCACACCUAUCGCUUCGCCCCGUAGACGUUGACGCCAGCCCUUACAUGAUUCCCCACAAUAGUCUGGGAGCCAUGACGUCGACCCCGUACUCUGCUUCUCGGCUGGUCCUCUCCCAGAUACCAGGGCAGCUACCUCACAUCCUGAACCCCCAAUCCUCAAGCUUGUCCACUGAGCCUCAGCAGGCGUCUAUCUGGAGCCCCUCCGCUAUUUGUGGCAUGACCACCCCCCCAACUUCUCCCGGCCUUGUUCUGGAGUCUUCGCAGACCUCUUCCCAGCCUUACACCAAGUUCUUCAGCACCGCCGAUGAUUUGGGUCCGAGUUCGGUUCCUGCAACGACCGCUGCAUCUUCAAAGAAGGAGGAAAAAGCAGAUUCUGCCAAGUCUUUCCCGUCCCGCCAGCAAAAUAUCACAAACAGAACUUUAGACUCGCAAGGCAGCAAAAAUUCUGUAACUUUAAACGACCUGCCCAACGUCCUAGGAGACCUGGAGGCCUCUUGUGAAGACAGCGGAGAGAAAGACAGAGAAGAAGAUGCCAUCUCGAACGAAAUCUCCGCCAUCACCGCCACGGAGGCCGAGCCCGUCGUGCCUCGGGGAGGAUUCGAUUCUCCCUUCUACCAAUCCAGCGAGAAUCUCUCCGGCUCUCGGAAGUCUCAGUCGGCCGCUUCGAACGCCGCAGGGCAGCUUUCAAACACGGAGCCCUUGGCGUCUUUUCUGGACCAACUCGAAGGCUCACGGGACACUCCGAAGGAAGCCUUCACGCCCAUCGACCGGCCUUGUCGUGACGCCGAGGAAAUUCCUGCGGGGCUUCAAGAAACGGGCAUUUUGACCCCCAGUCCUUGCAAAAUCCCUGCCCGCCAGAGGCCCGGCCUUGGGGGCCAGCGGCUUCCGGGCUACGAGCACCUGUUCGAGGUGGCCUUGCCGAAGACCGCCUACCUGUUUGUCAGCCGGAAGACGGAAGAGCUGCUGAGAAAGAGCAAGGGAGGAGCGGAGGAUGAUGGCUUCCUGGCUGCUUCCCCGCUGGAUGUCUUAGACAGGCUGCUUCAACACGGGGCCGAUGCACACGGCAGGGAACUGAGCAAGUUGUCGUUGCCAAGCCGAUCCGCCGACUGGACUCACUUUGGAGGUUCUCCUCCUUCCGACGAGAUUCACACCCUCCAGAAUCAGCUGCGCCUGCUGCAUAACCAGCUGUUGUACGAGCGCUUCAAAAGGCAGCAACACGCUGUCCGGAACAGGCGCCUCCUGCGGAAAGUGAUCAAAGCUGCUGCCCUGGAGGAACACAACGCAGCCAUGAAAGACCAGCUGCGGCUCCAGGAGAAGGACAUCCAGGCCUUGAAGCUCAGCCUUCAGAAGGAGCAGGCCAAACAUCGCCUCUUCCAGGAAGAAUACGAGGGCAUGGUGGCUCAGCUGCACAGCCGGCUCCGCCAGCUGCAGCACCAGCGGGAGGAGUAUUACAGCCAGAGUCAGGAGCUGAAGACCAAACUGGAAGACUGUUCCAAUGUCAUCCGAGACUUGCGGUCCGAGCUGAAAAAAUCAAACCACAAGGUGUGCCACACAGAACUGCAGCUGAGCCAAGUUUCACAAAAGCUUUCCAACAGCGAGUCGGUCCAACAGCAGAUGGAGUUCUUGAACAGGCAGCUGCUGGUGCUGGGGGAGGUGAAUGAACUGUACCUGGAGCAGCUGCAGAACAAGCACGCCGACACCACCAAGGAAGUGGGGAUCAUGCAGACGGCCUUCCGGAAGGAGCUGGAGAGAGCCAAGUCCUGCCUCCUCCUCCAGAGUCAGCAAGUGGAAGCGUCUCAGAACCGGGUUGCAGAACUGGAAUCUCAGCUGACCAAGAAGGAUCACCUCUUGCUGGAGCAGAAGAAAUAUUUGGAGGACGUCAAAGUCCAAGCCAGGGACCAGCUCCAGGCGGUCGAACAGCAGCACAAAGCGCAAAAGCAGAUCACGCGGACCUUUGAACUGGAGAUACUACGCUUGUACAGUUGCCUGGAUAGCGACCGGUUGCAGAAGAAACAGGAGGAGGAGGAGGACAAAAUGGAGACGGCAGAAAUGGCCGAAGAAAGGCUCUCGGGGGCAAAUGAGGGCCUGUCCCACCCAGUUGCCCGAUGCGGUGAAGAAAUGCGGGGCAGGAACGGGGAGGCCGACUCUUCCGUCGUCCAGACUCGUCAUAGCAGCAGCAGCAGCAGCAGCAAAGGCAACAGCGGUGGAUCCAGUCCGGAGAAGCCCCUCGCCGACCGAGCCGGGCCCUUCAACAGCUGCUGGGAGGCCUCUGCGCGACAGGAACCUCCUUCCGCCCGCAGCCGGCUGACCGUGGGCUCCUUCCCGAGUUCAGAGAGCUUCCUGGGCAUGAAAGCUCGCGAACUCUUCCGCAACAAAAGCGAAAGCCAGUGUGAUGAAGACGGGGCGGCCCUCCAGAGCCUCUGCGGCACGUUGAAGACUGAAUUGUGCAAAGGGCCUGGCCUAGAAGCCCGGAGAGCCUUGCCCCCUUCCCCGGGUCCCGCGGAACCCACUUCCUCUCCCUCAAAUCAAGAAAGCAGCAUCGAAUCGCUUCAUAUAAUGGACUACAACGAAUCCCAUCACGGUCAUAGCUAAGCCGGGAAGCCCGCGGGGGGGAAACAAAAAAAACAAACAAAUCAGUGUUAACUUUUUCAUAAUCUCAGCCUUGGAGAGAGCGACGGAGCGCGUGUGUUUUUUAACUAAAAGCUUUCACGUUUCGUUCUAGACCCGUGGGACUCCUGCCGCGGCAACACGGACCGGUUUGUUUUCGUUUGGGGGCAGGUGGACCUUGGCUGAGUGAAUGCAGAACGGAUGCCAGGUCUGGAAGGGCCAAAGAACUCGGUCGUCCUCCCUCCCCCCUGUGCCAUCUUUGAUGCCUCCCCCCCCCUUAUACUUGUUCCUUCACUUGGGAUGGUGACUCCUCAUUUUGCCCUUUCGCCUUCCCGCCGAACGAACUUUUGUGCAAUAGGUUAGCAGGCCUCUCUGAGCGAAUGGGGGUGGGGGUGUUUGUGUGCUUAAUCUGAAGGACUGUGCCCCACCAGUCCUCAAUCAGGGCUGGUAGCCAUCUUGCUCCCACCCAGCCCACCCACCCCCCUUUUUCGCCAGGGACUGGGGUGACGGUUCUCCGCCAAAGUAAGAUUUUUAAAAAAGAGUUUUGAUUUUCCUCAACCUUGCUCAUCAUGAGUACCGCCGGACUUUGCUCUGAUGAUGAUGUGGUUUUUAAAUCCUACCUUAUUUCGAUCUACAUUCCCCUCCUGCCUUUUAAAACAACAACCUUCCCCCCCCCCCAAAAAAAACGGGGUUUAUCUCCCCUGCCCUGCACAUUUUCUCUGCUGGAAUAUAUAUAUAUGUUUUGGUUUCCUUAUGAAUCAUUUUGGAAGCUGCCCAGCAUAGUUCCCCCCCCCCCCAAUAUUCUGGAAACACUAUUUCUCUUUAUACUUUAUUCUCUUUAGCUGUGUUUCUCUCUAGUCUGAUAAGCUGAUAUGACCUGACUUGAGCUUUGUUUAAAUGGAAAGGAAGACAGCAGCCUUCUCGAUCGGUGAGUGUUUUAUACCAGUAGCGCACAAAAAAUUAUGGGGAAAAAAAAAUCAGUUCUCUCCCCAUCGUCCGUCCUGCUCCCCUUUUCCCGUGUCUCCUCAAAAACGAGAAGACUCUCCGCUGGUUUUGUGUUCCACCUGAACCAAAAAUGAGGUUUUAUCCUUCCUUUUUUUUUUUUUAUAAUCCAGUCUCUGGUUUCUUCUAAGAGGCUUAUGAUCUCUUGCUGGUGGCUGCCACCAAAACCCAUCAGUCUGAAGCACUUAUGGGGAUUUGCCUCCAUUGGGACUGGGUGUGUGCACGCACGCACAUACAUGGAUUAGACCUGUGACAAUUUCCACCCACCCCCUCCAUCCUCAAAACCCAGCAUCAUGGUUUUUGGAUACUAACGUGGCCCUUCGGAUGCUUAAAUGCUUUUUUUUUCUCCCCCGUUUGCAUGGUGUCUAUCUUUCACAAGGAUGUGUGUCACUUUGGGUGGAGAGCACGACACCUUGAUUCUUAAAACCACACAGGGCAUCCUCUCUGCCCCUUCCAUUUCCAAACAUCUUCUGCCCCCUUUGUCACAAAGCCAGCCUGGGGAGGCUCUUCUCGUCAGAAAAAGCUGCUAAUGUACCCCCAAAAUGCCGUCUCUUGCUUUUGCCUCCAGUGGGCCUUCAUACACUUCUUAAACCAAACCUUUUUUAUUUUUAUUAUUAUUAUUAAAAAAAGAGAGACUUCUCUCUCUCUCCAACCCUUCCUUGAGGUUUCCCUAAACAGAUGGUGAGUUUAAAUAGCUGUGGUUUGAGCAGAAAAACACGGUAAGCCUGCGAUGGGAUUUAGGGAUGCUGUGUUCAGGUGAGCGAUGCGAGGCCAGGCUGGCAGAGUGCCAGGAGAAAUUGUGAGCUGCUGCCUUGUUUUAUCCUUUCCAAGCUCCUUUUUUUUUUUUUUUAAAUGGAUGGGCUGAAGACGCGUGGCUGAUGGGGGCUGUAGUGCUGUCCAGAUACGAGCUCAGAGACUUGAAUGGUAGUUGCUUUAGGGAAUGCUGUUUUCUGAGGUUGAAGCUCCUGUCCCCUAAAGCAGAGUUCUCCAAACUUGGCCACUUUUUAAAACUUGUGGACUUCAACUUCCAGAAUUCCCCAGCCAGCCAUUCUGGGGAGUUGGAAGUCCACAAACAUUGCCCAGGUUUGGAGACCCCCUACUCUAAAGGAAGAGACGUUCAUUUCCCCCCCCCCCAAUUCUACUCCUAAAAAUGAUUUAAUUUGAACCGUGUGCAAAGCUAAUGCUGGCCUUUUUCAGCCCAACCAGGAUCGUUUUUCAACCUCUCUUUAUUCCACAGGGGUAUUCCAGCUGGGACAGCCCCCAUCUUUGUGGACACUGGUAGAGCCCUUCACACCUGGGGCUUUCAAACUUGGCCACUUGGAAGACUUGUGGACUUCAGCGGUUAGAAUUCCUCAGCAGAAUUUCUGGAUGUUGGAAGUCCACAAGUUGCCGAGUUUGGAGAGAGCCCUGUUCCACACCAUCUCUCUCUGGUGCAUAGACGGAUUUGCAGAUCCCAUCCGGCUCACUGAUAGGGGUUGAGUUUUGCUUCCCUCUCACUUGUUGGGGGGGGGGCAUUGUCUUUCCACCCACCUUUUAAAGGGACCCAACCUGAUUUCUCAUUUUAGCUAGCUAGAUUUGGAAAUACCUUCAUGGGAGUCUAUCAGGAAAGUUCUGCUUUUUUCAAUGCAGGCAGUCCUAGUUUUAAUGGAAAGGAUCUCUUUGUUUUCAGUGGUCAAAAUAAUAUUUCCCCCCCCCCCCAAAUGUUAGAAACCGGCUCCUCUAUCUGCUUUUGGGAAAGAUGCAAUGAAUUAGCGAUGAAUUAGUGGAAUUAUCCUAUCUCAUUUUUCCCAGCAGACCACUGGAAAGACGGCGGAAUCACUCUGGGUAUCCUUAUCAGAGCAACUCUUUGAAUCAUGGAUGUAGCGUACAUAAUGAAGUUCUUGUUUUGGGGUGUUUGGUUUUUUUUGCAAUUUUGGGGAGAGGGGAGAAAACUUCUCGUUAGCGAAGCUGAAAAAAAUAAUCCUUGUUUUUUUUUUCCCCUUUAAGAGAAAAAAGAGAAAAAAAAAACCUGACUGCUUUUAGUUAAAUCUUUUAAAAAGAGAGAGAGAGAGAGAGAACGAAACCAAGCUGUCUAAAGAGUGAAUGUUUCCUGCCUCGCUCUCUUUGUAAGCAUGAUUUAAAUAAAUAAAUAAAUAAAUGACUUUUUUUAAAAGGGGGGGGAAGGGAGGGGAAAAAAAGCCACAGCGAUAAUGAAGUGAUGCUAUGAAAUGGUACAAUCGGAACUAAAUAUUUCACAAGCAAAACCAAACUGAGGGCGUUUCGCUGACGUUACUAGAAUGUUCUAAUACAUCAAGGCAGUUGCUUGUGUUUAACUGUGAACAAAUUAAAAUAUAUAUAUAUUGUUUUUCAUUCA